AUGCGAUUCAAGUUGUCUCACGCGGUCCUUUUGGGCCUGGUGGCCAUAGUUCCCCUCGGUAACGCUCAUCCUUACGGGGUGAAUCUUAGCCGACGAGGCGUCACCAGCGGUCUCAUUGCCGCGGAGACCACCGAUGACGCGACGCUCGCCAGAGUGGCGGUCGACGAAGCCAGACGCCGCUAUCUUCUUGAAGCCAUCGACCUUCGAGGAAUCCCAAAGCUCGGAGACAAGCCCCCAAAUGACAAGGAUUUACCUGGAACUCCAGGAGGUAAACCGGGCUCGGGCGAGAACAAACCCGGCGACGGUGCCGGAACCCCCGUUGGCACCGGACUCGCACCAAAGUUCGCCGAUGCCAACUUGGAGGCGGCGCGAAACAAGGGCGAAACCCUGAGCAAGAGUCUCGAUGAUGCCAUUUUCAAUAAUGCGCCAGAGCCUGAGAAAAAAGACCUGGAUAGCUUGGGAUAUAAAAAAAGAGGGGGCGAGGCGGCACCUAUCAUCCAAUACCAGAGUGAGAUAGGCAAGCCUACUUAUCUCACCAAAUUCAGCAUCAAUGAGGUGAUGAAGGGAUCAUGGAAGAAACGCAUAACAUUCCGCGCUGACGCCGACGGACGCUCCAGCGAACGCUACCCUAUCAUGGUAACCUACGCCAAUCCCACAGACGGGGCCGUCUUCAUUAAGGAGAGCUGGAACAAGGACCGCGACCAACCAGUGCCCAAGGCAACAUGGACGGACAUGGUGAGCGACCAAUGGAUGAUCGUGGCCAAGCAAGACACGAAGAACUUGAAGUACGUCAUCCGCGACAACAUCCAGGACAUCAACACCAAGGACAGCAGCGGAAUCACUCUCAACACGAAGGUCGCCAUUGAUGAGAUAUUCAAGUCGAACCCGAGGGCCAAGAAUGACGAGACACUCACUCUUGACCGCGAAUCUGCCAAUGACAAAGACAAAGCUGACUACGAGCUCCUCGCGGCGCAGACACACGUAGCUCGCGUCAUCCAGUGGCUCAAAGACCGUCAUGCUUCCUUGGGAGACAAGAAGAUCAAGACUCUCCAUGUCAAUACUGUAGAGGGUCCUGGCAACCAGCACAGCAUUAUUAUUGAGCUUGCCUAG